AUGGGCAAGGAAUUCUCGCCAUCGGUAGAUACUACCGACGUGCUCAUCGUCGGGGCUGGGCCAGCCGGACUGAUGGCCUCGCUGUGCCUGCACACCUUUGGUCUUUCGGUGCUCCACAUUGAUAAUCGGCCAGAACCUACAAGCGCCGGAAGGGCCGAUGGAAUCCAGCCACGGACUUUAGAGGUUCUCAGAAAUAUCGGUCCUUGGAUCCCUCCGAAAAUACCUUCUUCUUCCGAGCCUCCUCCCGCCGCUCAAACGCCUAGGAAUUCUACCCUUGGGAUCGCAAAGAAUCUGAUUGCACGUGGCGUUAGAGUCUACGAGGUAUCUUUUUGGGACCCAACUCCUAAUACACCGUUAGCAAGAACCUCGCGAGCAAGGUCCUGUCCGGAUUUCAUUGAUGUUCGGGAUCGCUAUACGCUAUUGCUACACCAAGGAAUCAUAGAGCGGGAAUUCCUGGCAGAGAUCUCAGCCCGGGCACCGAAUUCGCGCGUCUUAAGGCCACUUGAAUUUAUCAGCUGCAGCCACAAAACAAGCAGUGAGGAACCCACAGACUACCCGAUUGAAGCAAUUGUCAGGGCGGAAGAUGGCACAGAAAAGUCGAUCCGGACAAAAUAUCUUCUAGGCUGCGAUGGUGCUAAGAGUGAUGUUCGAAAGUCUUUGGGCGGGGCUAUCAGGUUAGAGGGAGAGGGGACUCACAUUGUUUGGGGCGUCAUGGAUUGUUGGGUACAAUCUGACUUCCCCGACUUGAAACUGAAGUGUUUAAUUCAUUCAAGACACGACGGCUCGAUUAUGGUCAUACCUAGGGAAAAUAAUCUUGUUAGAUUCUAUGUCCAACUACUCAACGAAGAUUCACAAUGCGCCAAAUACACGGCCACUCUUGCUACCUGUCAAGAACAAGCUAAAAAAAUCUUUUAUCCGUACACCUUGAAGUUUGGGGAUACAGAUUGGUUUAGCAUCUAUCAAAUUGGGCAACGAUUAGCCAACACCUAUACUUUGGAUGGUCGAAUAAUACUUGGCGGCGAUGCGGUACAUACUCACAGUCCUAAAGCUGGUCAAGGUAUGAACAUUUCGAUGCUCGACAUGUUUUCAUUAGCAUGGAAGAUUAACUUAGUCGAAAAGGGCCUUGGGAAGAGGGAGACUAUCAUGGAGACUUACGAGCAAGAACGUCGAGGGGUUGCCCAAGAAUUGAUGGCAUUUGACGCUGAGUAUAGUAAACUAUUUUCCGGUCGGGGUGCCUCAGUCAAAGGUUUAGACAAGACUCAGGCAGCAAAUGGGUUCGAAGUUGAUCCUCAGCGAUUUAUUGAGCUAUUCAAGCAGAAUGCUUAUUUUACUUCGGGCUGUGGCGCUGUCUAUCCUCCGAACGUGUUCAACUCCCAGGCCAAUUCGGAGGGAUUCAAAAGUCAAAUCGAGUGUCAGAUUGACGGCCGCUUGAGAGCGGGAGAAAGACUGCUACCGGGGGAUGCGAUCCGGGUAAUCGAUGGGAACCCAGUGAGGAUCGAGCAAGAAAUUAGGAUGGAUGGCGCAUUCCGAAUCUAUGUCUUCCUCGGCGCUUUUCCCGCCGGUAACCGCUUGGACCACCUCGGUGGGAGCGGGUGCUUCCUGAACAGGUUUCGGGCUACCAAUGGCCAGCGCUGUUCCAUCUUCGAUCCACAACCUUCAGCCGCGAAUCCCUUCUUCACCCUCUUGCUCGUCACUUCCCGCUCACGAGACGAAUGGGACAUCGCAGAUUUGCCGCCGUUGUUCUCCGGCCCUUAUUCCUCACAGGUCUAUGUUGAUGAUAUCGCCAAUACCGUGGUUGAGAAUGGAUCUCCAAGAACGUGCUCUUUGCAUUCCAAGUAUGGUUUCGAUGAGAACGAAGCCGGCGGUGGCAUAAUCAUCGUUAGACCGGACGGAUACGUCGGCUCGGUCGUAAGCCUUAGCGAGCCAGGGUGGAUGGCAGUCGAAAAAUAUUUCGAAGGAUUCUUGAUUGAGUCCGGAGUUUGA